AUGGACAGCUCUCCCGCCUCGCCUUUGGCCCCCAGGGAUCCCAGCUCCCCUGAAUCUUCGAUCGGCGAACAAAUCGCCACUCUACAGGCCCAGCUUGCCGCUCUGCAGGCCUCGCAACCCGCCGCCGCCGCAGCCGCCGCACCCCCGGCCGUCACCGUCGUGCCGGGGAACGCCGCCACCGCAUCCAAGGUCGUGUUUCCCAAGCACGCUCGUCUGGACGGCCCCAAGUCGUUCACCAACUGGUUGCGUCAACUCCGUCUUGCACUCCCGAACCAGGUUCGUGGUUACGUUCUCGACGGUGUCGUUCCCCCGACCUGGACCGCCGACCAGCUUGCCGCACGUGACGACGCCGCCCGGGAAAUCAUCGUUGGCUCUAUCGACUCCGCCGACGUAUCGGCCACCCUCGACGCCAUCCCCAGCGACGACCUGUCGGCACCGCGCAUCUUUGCCGCUCUCAAGGCUCGUUUUGCACCGGACGACGCUACACGCACUCUCGAGUUGUUCGCUCGCCUUUGGGACUUCAGGAAGAUGCCUGCCUCCGUCGAGGCCUACGACACUUGGCUACGCGAGUACAUGUCGAUUGCUCAGGAAAUACGCGACGCCAAAACAUCGCUCAACGACGUGCUCGCCACCCACGUGCUCGCCAUGGUCCCGUCUUGCCUCGACAGCUUCCGACUCACGUUCACGGACGAGCAGCGAAACCGACGCGACCUUCCCGAACUCACGACGCUUACGGACCGCAUUCGCAUCCAGCUUCGUUCGGCAGGACUCUCGACCUCGCAUUCGGCCAUGCUUGCCACCAGCUCCCCCUGCCCCGCCUGCCGCGCUCCCGGUCACCGCCUGCGCGACUGCACUUCACGUGCGAAGCACCCGCCCACCGGCCCCUGCCGCCGAUGCCACAAGAAAGGUCACUGGGCACUCGACUGCAAGAACCGGGGUGAACAGGCACGUAGCAGCGACGACACCCAGGACGACACGUCUUCCUCCGCGGCCUCGCAACCGAACGUCGGCUAUUUCGCCUCCUGCCUCUUCGCUCGUCGCCAACUCCCAACUGACGCCUUUGUAGUCGAUUCGGGUGCCACGACACACAUGGUCGCCGACCGAUCUCUAUUCACGACUUAUCGUCAGACGGCACACACCAAGAUCGGCGGCAUCGCGGGCGGCAUCACGGCUAUCGGCAUGGGGGACGUGGCAUUCGUCGCCAAGACUGGACACCCGAUCACGCUCCGUGGUGUUCUUCACACGCCUGGCCUACACGUCAACCUCCUCUCUGUCUCUCGCCUCUGCGACACCGACCGCGUUCGUCUCGCCUUCACCAGCGACGGCAUCGACAUCGCCAAGGACGGCCGGGCCAUUGCUCACGGUACCAGGGUCAACGACGGUCUUUACCUUUUGGACGCGGAUCACACCAAGUGUCAGCAUCUUGCCUUCCUCUCACGCUCUGAGUCUCCCGUGCCCCUGCUUACCCUACACCGCUGCCUCGGCCAUCUUGCCCCAUCCUCUAUACAGAAGAUGAUUGCUGCAGGUUUGCUGGACGGGUUUGGGGCCGGGUACAGUGACAAAGACGUAGAGGAGUUUGUUUGCAAUGCUUGCCUUGGUUCCAAAGGUCACCGCCUUCCCUUUCCCGACUCUGAGUCGCAUUCCGCCGAGAGACUUGGCCUCGUGCACAGCGACGUCCUGUCGUUCCCCACUCCGUCCUUGACCGGGAAGCGCUACCUUGUCACGUUUCUAGACGACCACUCUCGCAAACUCUGGGCAUAUGCGAUCGAUCACAAAAGCGAUGUUUUCCCGACCUUCCAGACUUGGCUCGCCGAAGUGGAGUUAGAGACGAACGCGCGGUUGAGGAUCCUUCGAACCGACAAUGGCGGGGAGUACCGAUCAAACGCAUUCACGGAGUUCUGCAAAUCCAAGGGCAUUCGUCGUCAAUACUCUAUCCCUUACACGCCUCAACAAAACGGUCGCGCCGAACGUGUCAACCUCUCCAUCGUCGAGGGCGUCCUCGCUCUCCUUGCGGACGCCCGUCUGCCGGCCACCUUUUGGGAUGAAGCGGCUGCGUAUUUCGUUUAUUGCAAAAACAGGUGCUCACACUCAGCUUUGGCCAAACAGACUCCAGAAUCCGUUUGGAACGGCCAACGCACCACCGCCACCGCCCUCCACCCGUUCGGCUGCACAGCCUGGCUCACGGUCGCCCCGGACCUUCGCAGCAAGCUCGACCCCAAGGCCGCGCGCGUGAUCUUCACAGGUUACGACCUCGCCUCCAAAGCUUUCCGUUUCUUUGACCAUUCCAUCAACAAGAUUGUACUUGGUCGCAAUGCCACCUUCCUCGACGACGACUUCCCCGGCCUGCCAGUCACCACGCCCGUCGAUGCAGACGACACCGACCGUCAGUUCGUCGUUCCCGCCGACACGCCCGCCCCUGCCGUCAAGACGAGGACCCCACUAGUAAGGUCGGCGCACAUGGACGUCUCAUCCUCCCUUGAUGAUUCUGCCAUGAGCGCCGUUGACGUGGCCCCAGGGUACACUGGCGGAACCUUACUUAAUUCCACAGAUACCGAAUCGUCCUCGUCACCGUCUCCUGAGCCGUCCUCGUCACCGUCGCCCACAAACCCUUUGUCACCGUCGCCUGCGCUGUCACCGUCGUUGGCAGCGUCAUCGUCACCCUCGGUCUCACCGACCGACUCUGACUACUCCGCCGACCCUCUGGACCUCAUCGGCUCACAGACCCCGACUCGCCUUGGCCCACCGGACGUGCACCGCCCAGACUUCAGCACGUACCGUGAGCCCGCAUCGGCUGAGGAGUCGCCCGACGAACUCGACAUCAUUGGGCGUCACUCGCGCGAUGAAUCGCCGGAUGAAAUCGAUUUCCUCACCCAACACCACCGCGCCUUCAUCGCCACAGACGACGACGACCCCACCCUCGACGCCAUCGAGCCCGUCAAAUCGAUCACUAGCGACCCCCAGACCUGGCGCGAAGCAAUGUCCAGCGACGAGCACAACAUCUGGGCUGAGGCCGCCGCCGCCGAGUUCACCGCCAUGCGCGACGACUUCAAGGUGUUCACCAUCGAGCCUCGCUCAUCUGUACCGCCGGGCGCCACCAUCGUCACCUCCAAAUUCGUCUGGAAGACCAAGCGCAACGCAAGCGGUGAAGUCACGGGGCGGAAGGCACGUCUUGUAGCGCAGGGUAACCGACAGCGCGACGGCAUCGACUUCUCAGAAACCUUCGCACCCGUCGCCCGUUUCUCCUCCAUUCGCUGCCUCCUGGCUCUUGCCGCUGCCAAUGGCUACCACGUUCAUCAGGCCGACAUCGACAAGGCUUACCUCCACGGCGAGCUCGAUCAUGAUAUCUGGAUGACGACACCACGCGGUUUCGACUUCCCAAGCGAUAAGGUUCUCCGGCUGCGACGCUCAAUCUACGGUCUCAAGCAGGCCGGUCGCAUCUGGAAUCGUCACAUUGACACAUCACUCAGGAAUCUGGGGUACAAGGCAACAGGCACUGAUCACUGCAUUUACUCUCGCAUUGACGAUCAGCAGAGGCCUCACUAUAUCGCCUUGUAUGUUGACGACCUCCUCAUUGUCAGUCCAGCCCUCGACGAGAUCGAACGUGUCAUCUCCGGCCUUGAACAGCGGUACGGCGUCAAACGACUCGGCCCCGCGGAGUACAUCCUCGGAAUCCAAAUACGCCGCCUGGACGACGGUUCCAUUGCUCUAUCCCAGGAGCGCUACAUCAUGGACGUGCUGGCCCGUUUCCACUUCGACACCACGACACGCGGCACUACGGUGCCGAUGACGCCCGGCCUCUCGCUCACGGCAAUUCCGGGUCAGGGAACGGAGCGCAUUCGUUCGUGGUACCUACAGGCCAUCGGCUCCCUCCUCUACAUCUCCCUUGGCACUCGACCCGACAUUGCCUUCGCCGUCUCGUACCUGUCCCGGUUCGCCAACAACCCCGGCCGCCGCCAUUGGAUUGCCGUCAAACACGUCCUUCGCUACCUUCGCGCCACGUACCGCGAUGAGCUUCUCUAUGCCCGCGGCCCAGCAAAAGUCACGGGUGUGGUUGGUUAUUCUGAUGCGAACUGGGGCGCCUGCGUCGACACAUCCAUUUCAACGAUGGGCUACGUAUUUUACUUGGCAGGCGCCGCUGUCUCUUGGUCGUCGAAGCGUCAGACUCGGGUAGCGGAUUCCACCACUGAUGCCGAGUACCUGGCCUUGUCGCACGCGGGUAAGGAAGCGAUCUACCUUAACCAACUCCUCUCCGAGCUCCACGUUUGCCCAAUCGCUGCAGCUCACAUCUUCACCGACAACGAGGCCGCGGCCGCCGUCGCUCACGACCCCGUUCGCACCUCCGGCACCCGGCACAUUCGCCUCCGCGAGCAUUUUGUGACAGGCAACGUCGGAGGGGAUGACGAUGACUACACGCGAGAGACGAGGGAGAGAGCGAGAGAGCGCGCGAAAGCGCGAAGGAGCGAAGGGGGUGUCGACCGAGGCGGCGGCAGUCGACCGAGAGGCAACCGCGGAGGAUACGCGGCUGCAAGGCUCGCAGCAAGUCCAGUGUACCGAACUAUGGUAGCCAACGAGGUCGGACAGAAGAGGGAGGGCAAACGAUCCAAGAAAUAG